UUAACGUUUGUCAGGAUGGGUCUUUUGCAAUGUCUGUUAGUGCUGGUUGUGCUUGUGGUGUUUGAUCUGAAGAAUGCUAUUGGACGUUUGAGUUCCAGUCAAAGUCCAAAAAGCAAGAAGCAUCAAUCAUAUCCAGCUUCCAGAGUGCCUGUUUCUUCUCAAGUGCUCGGGAACACUUUGCAGAAGGCCUCUCUGUUUCAGAGUCUCGACUACAGAGGAUUUGCACAAGAGCCUCUUGGUCUUCAGGAGAAGCAGGUGUUGCAGGGUCCAGUGAAGCCUCUGGACUGGAGGUUUCCCAUUGUUCCAGAAGUGCCGAGUGAGAUGGCGGUGGAUUUCCAUUUGAGGCAACCUGUGACCCCCAGUAGUGUAGCUAUUCAAUGCGGUGAGAACCGGAUUCAUGUGGAGGUACAGCAGGACUUGUUUAGCAAUGGUGAACUGAUCCAGCCAUCUGGUCUGACUCUGGGAGGAUGUCCUGUUGUCGGUUUGGUCCCAGGCUCUAAGGUGCUCUUCUUUGAGAAUGAACUGCAGGACUGCAACAGUGUCUUGAUGAUGACCAAGGAUGAGCUUGUCUACACCUUUGCCCUUACCUACACUCCUGAGGCGUUUGCUGGCACUCCGAUUACCCGUGCAGGUGGUGCAGUUAUUGGAGUUCAAUGCCACUAUCAAAGGUUUCAAAAUGUCAGCAGUAGUGCCUUGAAGCCAACUUGGGUCCCUUAUGCCUCAACGGAGGCUGGUGAAGAAGUCUUGGUGUUCUCCCUGAAGCUCAUGACUGGUUUGUGCAGUUUCUCUAGGCCUUCUGAACGAGGCUGUGCCUAAGCAGUUCUUCCCUCUUCCCUGGUUCCAGCUGGAGGCCUUCAUGUUCCAGGGGGGAUCCAGUCCUUCUAUCUACAUGACGUGUGUUCUGAAGGCCACUCUUGCUUCUGCACCUAGUGACGCGCUCCACAAAUCCUGUUCCUUUGCCAAUGGGUGGCUUGCUGCUGAUGGGAACAACCAGGUUUGUGGUUGCUGUGACUCAACAUGUGGUCCUGAUGGUGGAACUGCUGCUUCUCCUUUUGGAGGCCUUCGGUGGGAAGGGAAGGCCUCGCUCGGUCCUGUAGUGGUUCAAGAGCACAAGAAGACUUUAGCUGGUCUUCAAUAAAUGUGGGGGAGCAAACUUA